AGGAACGAGAGGCCGCGGUCUUCGGUACCUUCUGGGAGGAUCUUAGUUCCCGGACCAGGGAUCGAACCCGUGCCCCCUGCAGUGGAAGCACAGAGUCCUAAGCACUGGACCGCCAGGGAAGUCCCCUCAGUCAUUCACUUUUUUUUCUUUUUUUAAAAACGAAUCUGUGUUGAGUGCCUGCUACGUGCUAUGAACUGUUCUAGGCACUGGAGAAAGAGACCAAAACAAUUUGGCUUACACUGCAAAAAGGUGGAUUGAUAUAAGCAAGAUGAAUAACUAAAAUGUGUAUUAAUAAGAUAGGGAUGACCCUAAAUGUAAAAGGAGUGUCAACUGGAGAAGAAGGGAAGCGGCGGAGCAGGGGAUUUAAAGUAUAUGAAGAACUCUGAGGACAAUGACGUUUGAUUGUGUCUUCCCAGGACUCUACCCUUCCCCAGAAGGGGCAGGAGAAAAUGACCAAGUUCCAGGAGGUGGUGACCUUCAAGGAUGUGGCUGUGACCUUCACCAAGGAGGAGCUGGGGCUGCUGGAUUCCGCCCAGAGGAAACUGUACCAAGACGUGAUGCUGGAGAACUUGUGGAACCUGCUCUCAGUGGGAAAUCAACCCUUCAAAUUAGAUACGAUACUACAGUUGGGGAAAGAAGAGAAGCUUUGGGUGAUGGAGCCAGAAUCCCAAGGAGAUGGGUGUUCAGGACACGGGAACCCAAAUGAGAUAGAAACUCUUCAAGAAGUAGGAUUCAGACAGCUUUUACGUGAAGGCCUUAUGUGCUGGCAGAUAUGGGAACAGUUUACAAGUAAAUUAAGCAGAACUCAGGACUCAAUAUUAAAUCUACAAGGCCAGAAGUUGCCAAAUCUAGGUGAUUCCUCCUGUGAAGUGUGGGCUGGAGAAUCUACUCAGGUUCCUGAAGAUGAGAACUCUGUAGGAAAGCUUCAAGAGGAGAGUUCCCACAGUAUCAAAAAUCAGGAGUCUCCAAUUCAGACCUCCUGGGAUUUCUGGAGGAAAAUGUAUCUGAGAGAGUCACAGAAUUAUCAGAGUAGGUGGCAACAAACUGACAUAAAAAAACUGUGUCAGUGUGAUCAGUGUGUCACGAGAAGGAUCUCUCAUCACCAUGGUGAUCAGGAAGUACACCAAAGGGAGAAGGCUUGUGGCCACAAUGAUCGUGGAAAAGGCUUCGUGAAGAACACAUCCCAGAAUAGCAUCAUCUGCUCAGGAGAGCAGACUUCUGAUGAGAGUGGAAAAGAUGUCAGCCUUGGCUCUGAUCUUGAACUUCAUCAGCAGCUGCACAUAGGUGAGAAGCCCUGUAGGUGUAGUGAGUGUGGGAAGGGCACCACUUAUAGCUCAGUGUUUCACAUUCAUCACAGUGCUCACACAGUAGGGAAAUGCAAUGGGAAUGAUGAGUGUGGGGUGGGCUCAGGUCAGAGCUCACAUCUGCAAACCCAUCAGAGAGCCAGCCCAGGGGAGAAACCUUCCAAAUGCCGGAUGUGUGCUGACAGCAUCAAUCAGAACUCCUCCCUUCCUGCUAAUGAGCCCAUUCACCCUGGGGAGAAUCUGGAUAGGUGUGGCAGGUGUGCAGAGGGCUGCAGUCAUAGCUUACACCUCAAUAGUCCCUGUGUAGACAACACAGGAGAGAAGUCCCAGAAAUGUGAGCUGUGUGGUAAAGGCUUCAAUCAGACGUCACAACCUCAAGCCUAUCAGACAGCCUACCCUCGAGACAAAACAUCCAAAUGGAAGGCAUGUGACAGGAUAUUUGGUCAGAGCUCUGGUCUUCUUCAGAGAGUUCACACUGGAGAGAAACCAUAUAAAUGUGAGGUAUGUGGGAAGGACUUCAGUAAGGCCUCAAACCUUCAAGCCCAUCAGAGAAUCCACACCGGCGAGAAACCCUACAAAUGUAAUGUGUGUGGUAAGAACUUCAGCCGGAAUUCCCAUCUUCAGGCCCAUCAGAGAGUCCACACGGGAGAGAAACCCUACAAAUGUGACACAUGUGGGAAGGACUUCAGUCAGAUUUCCCAUCUUCAGGCCCAUCAGAGAGUCCACACAGGAGAGAAGCCCUACAGAUGUGACACAUGUGGGAAAGGCUUCAGUCAGAGCUCACAUCUUCAAGACCACCAGCGGGUCCACACCGGAGAGAAACCCUACACGUGUGAUGUGUGUGGGAAGGGUUUCAGUUGGAGCUCACAUCUUCAAGCCCAUCAGAGAGUCCAUACAGGGGAGAAACCCUACAAGUGUGAAGAAUGUGGGAAAGGCUUCAUCUGGAACUCAUACCUUCACGUUCAUCAGAGGAUCCACACGGGAGAGAAACCAUAUAAGUGUGGCAUGUGUGGGAAGAGCUUCAGUCAGACCUCCCAUCUUCAAGCCCAUCGGAGGGUCCAUACAGGAGAGAAGCCGUACAAAUGUUUUGACUGUGGUAAGGGCUUUAGCAAGAGUUCAUGUCUUCAAGUUCAUCAGAGGGUCCAUAGAGGUGAUCAAUCCAGUACACAUGACGAGUGUGGUAAAAAUGUUCUGCAGACCUCAGAUUUCUCAUUUUCAUCAGAAACCCCCCAGAGCAGGGGCUAUUUAUAAAAUGUUGUAUUUUAAGAAUUCAAGAGGGAGCCGCAUUUUUUACAGUCAUCCGAAUUCCAUUGGAGGAGACCUGUUUGUUGUGCGACUGUGGCCAGUGUCCUCACAGUUCUCAAGAGAAUGCAUAGCAGAGAAAACCCAUAAGGAUGAUGCAGUAGGUUUCAGUCAGAACCUUCACAUUCAGUAGAACCUACACAGGGGAGAGACUUUAAAAAUGAGAAGUACCGUCAGGACUAUAGCAAAAGUACAAUGAUGGACAUGGCAAAGUCCAUGUACACUAGAAUGUAAACUCCAUGGGAACAGGAAGUCUGUUUACUGCUUGUGUGACUGUGGCCUGGAAGCAGUGCGAACAGAGCAGGUGCCUUGGAAUUUGUCUCACUUGAAGGAGAGGAAAACCUAUUAUAAAUAAGACAAACAUUUGAAAAUUUUAGUGAGCUCAGUCCCAAUUAGUCACAAUAAAUCGUACUAGAAAAAGGAUUCUUGGAAGAAGCUUUAAAAAUUAAUUCAAGGAAAUGAUCAUUUAAUAAAAAUACAUAAAAUCAUACAAUCUGCAAUUUGAGUGUUGGAUUUUGCCAUUGGCUCCUGUCUUCCUCAGGUUCACUUUUCAAGCAGAAAAGGGCUCAAGUUUUUGUCUUAUCAUUUAAGACUUUCUCUGGACAGUGUACCAUCGGUUGUGUAUAGUAAGGGAUAUGACUCUUAUGAAGAGAGCUUAACAUCCGUUGAGGAAUACUUCAAGAGCACCAUUCGUACCAUGUUGAAGCCUCAGUGAGCUCUGUCUUCUCGUGACUGCCCUUCCUGAGAGAAAGGAGAAAACAACCAAGUUCCAGCUGCUGACUGCCAAGCAAAUGAUUUCCCUACGAUGAGAACAUCAGAAAAGAAGAGUGACUGACUUAGGGUUAUGUACCUGGAAUCACGACCUGAGCAUGUAACAGGGAUCAACAAAGCUGCAGAAUCACGGAGCAGUAGCUGAGAGUGGCGCUAACGCCUUACAUUUUGAUCACAUCUCUCAGGAAGGUGACCGUGAAACAGACAAUCUGAAAUCUCAAAUCAGCACCAGUGAGGUAACCUGCAUAAGAAGACCCCUGCCUCCCUAAAAAGAUGACCUGGCCUGAAACAAUUAUUCCUUUUCUUUUGCUAACAACCUUCUUGCCCCACCCCUCCUUCUGCCUAUAAAAAACCUCCCAUUUUGUACAACUCCUUGGG